ACAACAUGGCGGCCGUUGCAGACGACAGUAUGACACGGUGACCUGCGAUGAGGAAAGCACUUUCACUAUAAACGCCCCAAGAACAAGUGAUCCUACUGGAAAAUAAGAAGCAUUCCAUCGUGGAAAGAGUCACCAAGACAAAGGCUAUAGUAACAAACAGCGCAACGGCGAGCUUUCCGUUGCGUUUUUGACGCCCAGGGAUAUAUUUCUGGGGACUGUUCUGGCAUGAUGUUGCGUUAUAUGAUAGGCACGCAGGUUAUUUUGGGCUCGGUGUUUUGAAGGGCACGGAGUUCAUCAAUGGACAAGGAAACAAGGAGAAGUAUGUCAGAUCGAUAUUCUCUACUGGCAGCCAUGGCCCAAGACGUGGUUGUGUACGUGGAAGACGCCCGCUUCAGGGUCCACAAACAAGUCCUGAUGGAGAACAGUGACUACUUCCACUCCAUGUUCACUCACUGCUUAAUAGAGUCUCAAGAAAACGCCGUGGUUCUCAGAGGACUGGAAGAAGAAAUCUUCGAGACGUUGCUCAAGUUCAUGUAUACCUCUGAGAUGUUACUGACUGAUCAUGAAGACCCGAAAAAAUUUACGAAAAUUCUUUUCACCGCGACGUAUUUACAAAUACCCAAAGCUUUACAGCAGUGUGAUGAUUACUUGCAAAACAUUAUGAACAGUGAAAAUUGUGCAGAAAUGGCGGUGAUAGCGGGAAACCAUGGUCUAACCAAGCUGGAGACCGCCGCCAUUGAACUAGUGAGCAAAAACUUCCCCCAAACUAUCGAAUCCGUCAGUUUUCUAUACCUCUUUCCUGUACAAAUGAUCAAACUACUAGACAACAACUACACAUUCACCUGUGCAGAAUUGGACAUCUUCGAGGCUUACGUGAAGUGGUUUCGAUUCAACUUUGAAGAAAGGGCUAAGUUUGUUGGCAAGAUUAUGUCAAAAAUAAGAUUUGCCCUCAUCAGUUUGAGGCAUCUCGAGGAGGAUGUCUUCGCGAUAGCAGCGGAAUUUGCGGAUCGUGAGUUUAUCCGGAUGGUUUUAGAAGCGCGGGAUUGGCACACAAAGAAGUUUGAACAGAGCGUGUGUGUGGAUAUGAACAUCACUGCCAGGGUACCCCCUGUUAUGACUCUUAUUUCUGGUUUGGAAAACGCGAAUCAUCACGAAUCUUCUUUGGCGGUCCAAGUGUGCCGGACGCCGUCGGCGGGUAAACUCCUCUGGGAGCCUGUCACUACUGUGCCGAGGGCGUUUCUGGACGCAGCAGUGGCUUGUGCGGUGGUUGAAGAUUUCCUGUACGUGGUGGGUUUCCCUGCACAUUUCCUGGCCAGUGACUCCCUGGUGAAAGAUCACGUGAGUCUGUUCUACAGGUAUGACACGCGCCAACACGACUGGCUCCCGCUUAGGAAACCAAGGGUUAAACAUGCAGGUAUGACCCUGACAGCUAUCGGUGACAAGCUGUACGCCUGUGGAUCGGCCAGUAACAACAUCAUGGAGUCCUACUCCAUCCGCACAAACAAGUGGUCUGACGCCGCACACCUUCCCCAUCACCUGUUCCUACAAGCUGCCGAGACCGUUAGCGGGAAGCUGUACAUAUCAGGCGGCCUUCACGAAGAAACGGGUCUUAGUCAAGCCAGCUGGGACCUCUUGCGGUUCGACCCAGAAACGGACGAAAUUGUCACGUUAGGACCGAUGCGCUUUCCGCGUUUCGGGCACUGUUUGGUGGCGGUUGGGAGGAAACUGUACGUGUUCGGAGGCACGACGUUUGAUCCUGAUAUCAUCUCCUGGAGGUUUGCGGUGAAUUCCGAGUGUUACGAUGUUACGGAGGACGUGUGGACAGAGAUACCGCCCAUACCGUCACCUCGGUCGUUCUUCGGGGCGCUGGCAUGCGGGGACCAGAUCUAUGUGGUCGGGGGGACGCGCGAUGGGGUGGGGUUGAUGACCGUGCACGUGUACGAUGUGAGGAAAAAGACGUGGGAAGGUAGACCGGAGAUGCAGAGGAGGCUGUUCUACCCAGGAUUGGUGAUGCUGCGGCAUCCAUGCAAGAAAAACAAGAAAUGGUGGGACCUCACUCUAACGUAACCAUAUUUAUAUCAUACGGUAUGACGAAGUUGCAACACCUAGCGACAACUAGCUGAAGUGCGAUGUUAAAGCAAUCAUUAUUACCCUAAAGAGGUAAUCUCCAAGUAGAUCCUACGUUGCCAUAAGAUAGUAUCCAAGCUGGCAAAGGAGUAUAGCCGGCGAAAGGGUGUCAGACGCAUACACUGUCACACACUAACCCAGCUUCACACCUCUGUCAGUUUUUGAUACUAUCUUAUUCUAACGUAAGAUCUGCUUGGAGAUUACUAAAGAAUGUGACAGACGGUACCUGUGAAUGUGGUUGUGAAUGAAGAAUGUUGUACAGUUUGUUGUACAGGUAGCCAUUUACCAUGGAGAUCACCUUAUCAUGUUAUAAACGUGAACAAGAGUAACCAAUUUUCAGUUGCGAAGCAAAGCACUUGUACAAACGAUCAAGAAAGCGAAACGUUGUAGGAUUAGUCGUCAUUAUUCAGCUUAAGUAGCUAGAAUUACAACAAAACACUCCAACAUUGGGAUAUAUCGAGGUGUGCAAACAGCUGUGGUUUUAUCAAAUAAAUUUUGCCAGACAAAA